UUUUUUUUUUUUUUUUUAAUGUAGCAUCGGCCUUGCGGACGCAGCUCGCUUCGUUGCCCAUUCACCUCGAUCGCUUACCCGACCCUCGCGCCGGUCGCAGUGCCUUUCCACCUCCAAAAGAAUAAUCAUAAUAACAGCUUCUACGUGAUGGAACAAGGAGGGUCAAACAGAGCGAAUCUGCAGCCGCCAGGCUUACAGAGUCAACAAUCGCAUGCCAGUCUGCGAAAUGCGUUUAAUUCCGAUUUCUUCAAAGUCUUUUCUGGAGGGCAAAAGAAAACAACAAGAGAUGGUCAGCCCGCAAAACGACGUGGCCCAAAGCCGGAUAUGAAGCCGGCGAUGACCAGGCGCCAGGAGUUGAAUCGCCAGGCCCAGAGGACACACCGUGAACGUAAAGAGCAAUAUAUUCGAUCUCUGGAAACCGAAGUAUCACGGUUGCGCGAAGCUUACAGCGGAGAGAUGACCACGACAAACGCAUCGCUGCAGCAGAACCGAGAACUUGUUCAGUCCCUCAAAAACGAAAAUGAUAUUUUGAAAGAGAUCUUAAUGAGCCACGGCAUUCAGUUCGAAGCGGAACUGGAGCGCCGGAGAGCGGAACGGCAGGUGACUGCAUAUCAACCGGCUUCGUUCGCGGGGAGCAGUAAUGGCACCCCGACUGGGCCCCCAUCCACAAGCAAUUUCUACACAACCCCGUCUACGACGGCUCCCUCGAGCUUGAGCCCUCACGGAUCAGCCACCGAACGAGUGGUCGUGUCACCAGAGGAGCCAUCAAUGCAGUCACAAGCUGUCCACUCGCAUGCAGCAGACCCCUCCAUGGAGCUGGAUUACUCCGGUCCAGUGAAAAGCAACGGUCCUGUUCCAGCGGUCUCGGGGAUCUUCGAAACGGACCCUCAACUUCAGGUGGACUUUAUCUUAACACUGGAGUCCCCCUGUCGAGUCCACACCGAGUACCUCUGCCGCCGUUCGAUCACUGAGGCGGAAGACGAAAACAUGCCCUUUUCCGGCCAUGCUCUGAUGGCAACCUGUCCUCCACCAACCUACAUUGCCAACACCACGGCAGAGCAGCAGUAUCCGCACCAAACAUACGAUCUACCCGUUGCCAAUCUAUCUACGUUGCUCAAUCUCAGCCGGCAAUUAGUGACGGAGGGUCAAGUGACGCCCAUCAUGGCGCUACAGUGUUUGAAGAACCACGAGCUAUAUCGCACCUUGACGCGGGACGAUGUCAAGAUCAUCAUGGAGACCCUGAACACCAAGAUCCGUUGCUACGGGUUCGGCGCCGUGGUGGAAGACUUUGAGCUAAUGGACUGUCUGAACAGUGUCCUAGGGACGAGGGUUGAGGCGGGCUUUUCUCAAUCCCGAGAUGACAUCUUGUAUUCUUGACGAGAGAAAAAAAAAAAAAGACCUUCCCCCAAUAAUCCUCUCUUCUCUUCUUCUUAUACUUUUAUUAUCAGAUGUUCGGUGUAUAUACUUAUCCUAUCCUCUUAAGGCAAGAAGUAAUCUUA